UGAACUCCUCAUUCUUUUGAUGUUACUGUCCAAUACUGAGGAAACAGACUCCACCGCGUACAUCCAGUGUCGGUACUGCUGAUAUAAGCAAAAUUCUCGGGGUUCGUAAACACACACCUCCGUGCCGCACAUUCAUAAAUUGCUUAGUUUCAGCGUACCACCGCCUUAAGCCCCACCACCAACAAGGAAUCCAAUCCGUUCCUUCGUUUUCCCAAACAAUCAAACCGCCGACAAUUAUGUAAUAUUCGCCCAAAUAUUCAUCAGUCAUCCCAUUAAAAAAUUGGAAUUAAGUCAAAUCCUUACUGAGUAAGCAAACAAGUUAAAACCUUAAACCAAUUAAAAAAAUUAAACCGACUUUAUUACCUCCGCAUAUAUUUCUGGAAUUGUUUUCGGAGCCGCUCAUGAUUCAGCUGCUCAUGAGGCUAAUGUUCCGAAGCUAAUGACAAGUCCAGUAGUUUCGAACUUUGAAACCUUCCUUGGAAGCUGGUCAAAUCGCCAAGAAACUCUGCAACACCAGCUUCUCUCGUCAAUUUCACCACAAAAUGUAGAGAACACACAGCACCAUCAGGAUUUGAUUUCUCAGGUGUUGUCUCAUUACGAGCACUACUACGAAGAAAAAACUAUUGCUGCUAGAGAUGAUGUCUUUGUUUUCUUGCAUCCGCCAUGGCUAAGCUCUUUCGAGAGAACUCUGACGUGGCUUGGAGAAUUCAAGCCGUCAGUUAUUUUCAGGAUAAUUACCAACUCUCUCACGGACUUAACUCCUGAACAGAGUGAAAGAAUACAGCAGCUGAAAAUAGAGACGAGGAUACAAGAGCGAGCGUUGACGGAAGCCAUGGCGAGAAUUCAAGAAAGCUUGGCUGCGCCGCCCAUUUUAGGGCUGACGCGGAGAUCUGCGCGGCUGAUUGAUGGAGAAGUGUCGGAUAUGGAAGUAGCUGUGGAGGCGCUGAAGGCUGCAAUGCUUACUGUGUUGGAGAGCGCUGAUGCUCUUAGAGGAUCGGUUGUCAUCGGCCUGGUGGAGAUUCUGAGUCCAGUUCAAGCAGUUAGGUUUUUAGCGGCGGCGCUUGAAUUUCAGAUACAAAUGAGGGCAUGGGGACGAAGGAGUGAUGCCCAAAGAUUUGCCGCCAGUAAUGGGUUGCUCUAGUAGCUUCUCAGCUCUAGUGAAACAAAACAUAUCCAUCUAACUUUCGUAACUUUGAAAGUUAUCAUAAAAAUAAUUAUAUUAUAAAAAUAUGCUAUUUGAAUUUCUGAAUGUUUUUUUAUAACUUAUCAGGAACUGAGUAUUUCUUUCUUAUUUAUCAAAAAAAAAGUAUUUAUUUCUAUGUUGUACUAGAAUUAGUAAUAUUGGAAUCUAAAAGAAUUCUAUAUUAA